AUGUUCAUGAUUACACAGAGGGUGAGAGGAACGAAGGGGAAGCAGUUAGAGGAGAUCCACUCACGGGAUUCUGCGUUGUUGAUUUGUGUGUGGAAGUAUCGUGGGUUUGCCUGCCUCCAUUGUUGCUCGUCUGCUGAAAUAAGCUGGAAUCUUUGCCACGGUGCCUGUCUCUCUGUGCUCAGGUUUAUUGGAGCUCUCAGGUUGUGCCCCAGCAGGCCCCUCUUCAGGUCCAGCGGGUUCUCUGGUAACUCGCCCCACACCUGCUGUCACACCUGUCUUAGAGAUGGGGACAGUACCUCCUCGUCACCCAGGUUUCGGAGGGGGGGGGGAGGGGUGCGGCAGGACCAGACAGACUUGGAGUGGUUUGUGUGGAUCCCCAUCAUGCGUGCCUAUGCCCCCUUCGACCUGCUUCAUGUCAUGCUGGCUCAGACUGUCCGCAGGUUCUGGCCUCAGAUACGCAUGCACACACGCACGCACGCACGCACGCACGCACGCAAAGUGUUAGUUAUUACGUGUGGAAAGAGUAUUGCGUGUUCUACUACUACUUCUACUACUACUAUUACUACUACUGCCGUGAAGACCGAUAUCCACCAAUCAGCAGCUGGCACCACGAGCCCUGCACUUGUGGCUAAGAGGAGGAAGAGAAGGAAGAGGAGGAGGAGGAACACAAAUGAACACAAAGGAUGAACAAACGCUAUGAAACCUGUUGGUCCCUUACAAGAAUGAUUGCUUAUGAUGCAUUAUAAUAUCUAAUGUAAAGUAAGAGACGUGGGAUAGCAAAGGCGAAGGUUUCUCCCCACCUACCGUCGAACUGGAAGAGGAGGAGGGGUGGGAGUGGGAGGAGGAGGCAGCGGUGACAUGAGAGAAAAAAAAAUGCUGUGCGUUUUUAUGACGAAUAAUGUUUUUUUAAGGGUGCUUUUAUGUAGUUCCCUAGACGCCUUCACUCUUCCAUUACAGCGCCACUCUUUGCCGUGUUGAACCUCCCCAACGCACUCACAGGCACGCAAUUCUACUUAUGAACGGAGGAGACGAAAAUAGUUAAUGUUUUCCUCUGCCCUCUCAACUUAAUAAUGUUCGAAGUGUUUCAUUAGUAUUGAUAUGAGUAAAUGGUCCGAUUCUAGUUAU